AUGGAAGAUUGGGGUAGGACAAGUCGAGGUGCUCCAGCAAAACGUAUAACCAUAAGCCCACUAUUGAGCGAGAAACUCUCCAUGGGACCGGAUGCUGAAGUGUGGACUAAGGUUCGUUUAACCAUUCUUAGCUACGGCGCAGCCAUCCAGCAGCUCUGGAUCCCCGGUUUCACCGACACUGGUGGACGCAGAAAGUCCAAUCUCAGUGUGGCUGACGUUGUUCUUGGUUAUUCAGAUAUUGCAAGCUACGAGAGAAAUCCCGCAUACCACGGCGUCAUUGUUGGCAGGGUUGCUGGUCGUGUCAGCAACGCCAAAUUCACCAUUCCAAUUGAGUUAGAUCCUUCAAUAUCCACUGCCUACAAGCUACCGAAGAAUCAACAGAAAAAGCAUUGCCUUCACGGAGGAAAUACGGGACUAACGUUUCGCCUCUGGGAUAUCGUUGAGGUGAAGAAAGACACUGUGAGGCUCAAGGUCACAUCAGUCGACGGUGAAGAUGGAUUUCCAGGCAAUCUCACUGUUUACGUGACUUACCGUCUGAGCGUGAACGAGGAAGAUCAACGUGUGAACCUAAGUAUCGACUACUUUGCGAACAUCACCGAUGGAAUCUGCCCCAUUAAUUUAACAAAUCAUACGUACUUCAACCUAGCAGGUCACCGAGCAGGACCCGACGCCCUCGACCGCCAUCUAGUUUGCAUUCAUGCCGAUAAAAUGUGUGAGUGCGACACAGAACACAUUCCCACGGGUAGACUAGUUAAAGUUGGUCGCGUUGAUGGCACUGAUCUUAAUCAAUUGACGUGUCUAAAGGAGGGACUUCGCAAGAUUCACCCACCACCACAACAAGGAUUCGAUGAGUACUACGUGUUUAGAGAUUUGCCCGCAGAUGAGACAAAAGCUAUCGUAAUAGAGCCGAAUUCUUGUCGCCGGUUGGAACUGUUCACUGACCAACUGGGAGUGCAGUUUUACACAGGCAACCACCUAGACCCUAAGACCGAUCCGGUAGGAAAAGAUAUGUACAGCUAUCCGCCGCACGCGGGUCUGUGCUUGGAGGCGCAAGGCUUCCCGGAUGCAGUCAAUCGAUCGAAUUUCCCGAAGCAGUUCGUCACACCGACUGGAGUGUGUUAUGUGCAGAAGACGCGAUACGAAUUCUCGGUGCAGAAAAACUGA